AUGGCAGAGCUGAGAUUGCCCUUGGCGCCAGACGGGAAGCUGGGAUACCGGCUUAAGGAAAUGCCACAGCUCCAGCUGCUGGCGCCGGACAUAGGCGGCCCGCUGAAGAGUGCCAAAUCCGUGGGCUUCGAGCUGGCUGCCCCGUUGCCAGAAAGUCCCAUCCGCACCCGGUCGGUGCCGAACCACUGGAGAAUCCGAGCAGAGCUCGAGCCGCCCACGCCGCUCCGAAGGUGCCGCAGCGCGCUGGCGGGAGGUCUUGUUUUCCGUCCAUCCAGCUUGAGCAGCAUUGGCACCUCUCCGCUCUCUGACUUGGCGGGAGCGGACCGCGAGGUGUUCCCAGGAACAGCGGGAGGCCUUCGCGUGGCGAUUGUUGUGAGCGGAUCACGGGGCGACGUCCAGCCACACGUGGCGCUGGCGUUGGACCUGCGUCGCCUGGGACACCAGGUUUGCAUCUUCACGAACGCCAAUCACACGGCUCUUUGCGCCCGCCACGCCGUGGACAUGGUACCGGUGUUUGCCGACACGCAGGCCUUGCUUUGGCCAGGCGUUGAGGUCUUAGAUAACUUGCUGGCACUUCGACGGGAAUGA